AUGUCGUCCUCAAGCACACGUUCACCAUCAUCCUCGGCUCGAACAGAGAAGAAUAAAAAGCAGACCAAGACAAUUGUUCUCAAACUAUCACCGAAACUCCUACGCCGUUUCCAAGACUCUCUCGUCAAGUCAGAAGAUCAGUCAUCACCCUCAGUAGCCUCAUCACCUGCUGCACCCGAGGACCUAUCUACUCUGAAGGUUCCGGAAGUCAACGACAACGCUUCCGAGUCCGCGUCAACGCCGGCGCCAGUUGGAACAGAAGCAGCUGAAAACUCCAACGGUGACGGCUCCAAGAAACGCAAAGGAGGCUCACUUGCAGGGACCAAAAGAAGUCUAGGACAGAUGGCCGAGACAAAUGGCACACCGAAACCAAGAGGCAAGCCAGGCCCCAAGAAGAAGCCACGACUAGAAGAUGGCACCAUCGACCACAACGCCACCAAGGUACCGAACACCAGUGGAAUUGGGCCGUCGCACAAGUUGGGCCCCAAGGCCAACCAGGGCGCUAUCAACGCUGGCCUGCGUGCUCUCGAUCGAUCUGGUGCCCCCUGUCGUAAGUGGAAAAAGAAGGCAUUCACGCUGAAAAGUUUCACUGGUGUGGUAUGGGAAAUACCUUCAUGGAGAGGCGGAGAGAAACCACACUCAUCCCUCAACGGCGAAGAGUCAAGUGACGCGAAGGAUGUGUCACAGCAAAGCAGCAGUGAGGCCAAACCCAAUGGAAGUGACAUCGCCAUGGACAGCAAUGCCGGUGACAGGCCCGAUGUGACGAUCAUGUCCACGCCUCCAGCAAGUUCACCGGCUCCGAUGCCACCACCGAGCACCGUCAUUACCGCCCAAGGUUAA